AGAUGAAAUUUAUAAUUAAUAAUUAAUUAUUGGAAACAAAGAAAAACCAAAAGAAGAAUUAUAAUGAUUUUUUGAUAAUUAAAAAAUAUAAAAAAUUUUGCAUAAAAUGCCUCAUCAAUAUGGUUUACCAGGAAUAGCUCAUGCACAAUCACCUCCAACACCUCCACCUCAACACGGUGCUAUGUACCCAAGGUUUUCAGGAGCAGUGGUACCUGGUGGCUAUCGUGGUGAAGGAAGGCGUUUAACUCGAGAGGCAAUGGAACGUUAUUUAAGAGAUAGAUCGGAUAUGGUAAUUGUAAUUUUACAUGCGAAAGUAGCUCAAAAAUCUUAUGGAAAUGAGAAACGAUUCUUUUGUCCACCUCCAUGUAUUUAUUUAUUCGGAGACGGUUGGAGGUUACGUCAAGAACAAAUGUUACGAGAAGGUGGAACAGAACAAGCUUCACAACUGUGCGCUUUCAUUGGAAUCGGAAAUUCAGAUCAAGACAUGCAACAAUUAGAUUUAAACAAUGGUAAACAAUAUUGUGCAGCAAAAACUUUGUAUAUAUCCGAUUCGGAUAAACGAAAACAUUUUAUGCUCUCCGUAAAGAUGUUUUACGGAUCGGGACAUGAUAUCGGUGUGUUUCAUAGUAAGAGAAUUAAAGUUAUAUCAAAACCAUCAAAGAAGAAACAAUCAUUGAAAAACGCCGAUUUGUGUAUAGCCAGUGGAACUAAAGUAGCUUUAUUUAAUAGACUCAGGUCACAAACGGUGUCCACCAGGUAUUUGCAUGUGGAAAAUGGACAUUUUCAUGCCAGUUCCACACAAUGGGGAGCUUUUACAAUACAUUUACUGGAUGAUAACGAAUCGGAAAGUGAGGAAUUUCAAGUUCGGGAUGGUUAUAUUCAUUAUGGGUCUACCGUUAAAUUGGUUUGUUCGGUUACUGGAAUGGCCUUACCUAGGUUAAUUAUAAGAAAGGUUGAUAAACAACAAGCUUUAUUAGAAGCAGACGACCCAGUUUCUCAAUUACACAAAUGCGCGUUUUACAUGAAAGACACCGACCGGAUGUACCUGUGUUUAUCACAAGAGAGGAUAAUUCAGUUUCAAGCGACGCCGUGUCCAAAGGAACCGAACAAGGAGAUGAUCAACGAUGGUGCAUGUUGGACGAUCAUCUCAACUGAUAAAGCGGAGUAUCAAUUUUACGAGGGAAUGGGGCCCGUUCGAUCGCCGGUUACACCAGUGCCUUUAGUACAUAGUUUACAUUUAAAUGGAGGUGGUGAUGUUGCCAUGUUAGAACUUACGGGGGAUAAUUUUUCGCCGAGUCUUCAAGUUUGGUUUGGUGAUGUUGAAGCUGAAACUAUGUACAGAUGUCAAGAAUCUAUGUUAUGUGUAGUUCCGGAUAUAUCACAAUUUCGGGGUGAAUGGUUAUGGGUGAGACAACCAACGCAAGUCCCAGUGUCUUUGGUACGAAAUGAUGGGAUAAUUUACGCCACCGGAUUAACAUUUACGUAUACCCCAGAACCUGGACCACGUCCCGCUUGUCAAACGGCCGAAGAAAUCAUGAGAACAUCUUCUUCAGGGCGAACUCAAGCCCACACAAGUUCGUCAGUUUCAGAUCCAUCUUGGAACUCUCAUACUGGCGGAGGUGGAAUGCACAAUAAUUAAUUAAUCUAAUGAGAAAGAUAAACUGAGAAAAACAUUAAGUUAGAAAAAAAAAUGGUUGUAUUUAUUAAUUUUAAUUUAAACCCAAGACAUUUUGAAUUAAUUCAGUUAAUGUUAUGAUUUUUAUUCUAAAAAUAUAAUUGUGUUUUGAUUGUAACCCAGCGGUUGUAAUUUGCUUCAUCACAAAGGUGAACAUCGCGAAAACAACACAAAACAACAAUCGUUCUUAUUAAAAACCAAAUCUUUUGUUUCCCCAUUUAUUCCAUGAGAAAAUUCUCACAGAGUUCCGCUGGUUUUAAAAACGAUGGAAGUGGUUAUAAAACGCACUUCGGCAAACUCUGUUUUUCUUGAAUGACCAUGGGAAGCUUGGGAAAUUUCCCAUACUUAUUCAAGAUGAUGGAGAAGAAAAGAAAAGCUUUUUAAACUUGUUAUUUUAGAAAUAACAAGGUUUCCCAUCAAGUCACUUUAUCAAAAAUUUUAUAAAAUUACAAUCAAUGAUCUUAUUGAUUACUAAAACAUUAUUUUUA